UAGAAUGUAGACCUUCUUAUGGAAUUUCAUCAAUUAAUAUUGUUGAUUACGAGCGACCUCCGAUAGCGACAAUUUCAGAAUCAUCGUUAAAGCUAUCUGUAUAUGCACUGGCUUGUAACCCAACAGGAACUGUUCUUGCUUCAGGAUCUCCAGAAAAGAUUCAUAGUUUUACAGGUCAUACUGAUAAUAUUAGAGCUAUAUUAGUUAGUGAUGAUGGUGAAUUGAUAUUAUCAGGAUCUUCCGAUACUACCAUUAAAUUAUGGUCAUUAAAAGCUCAAAGAUGCAUAAAUACGUUCACUGUUCAUUCAGACUCCGUAUGGUCUCUUUAUUCAGAUCAUCCUAGGUUGGAAUUAUUUUAUUCAGGUGGUAAAGAUGGAUUGGUCACAAAAGUUGAUUAUAGCGGUUGCGCAGAAAUUCGUGAUGGUGAAUGCGUAGCUGUAUGUAAAGAGGAAAGUGGU